AUGUGCAAUAUUAUGAAUUAUCAAAAAGAGGACAAUAAAGAACCUGCUGCUGAAUCUCCUACUAAAAGCAAUACUAAAGCCGCUGAGCCCUCAUCUGUCUUGGCAAAACCCGGCAAUAGUAUGGGAUACACAGAGCAGGACUCUCUACCCAAUGUACAAUGUGCUGUUGGGUACAUAGACAUUGUUUCACCCAGCUCUUCCAGAUCUGAGAUUAUUGAAGAUAAUCGUAGCCCAAAUCUAAAGACUGAAUUACCUCACAAGUGUUCACCUCUACCAAACCCAAGUGCUUUAACCAAAGGAUCAGAGUUUGUUAAAAUGACAUCUGCGGAAAAACGUCGCUUCAAAAAGGCCUUGUCGGAGGGCCUGAGCCGUGAGCAGGCCUUAGAAAUAGCCAAGAGCAGAUCAGAAUCCAUGUCUUCCUUAAAACGCCCGCAUUCAAUUCGUAAUCCUUUUAAAACUGCAGAAAAAAAGAGACCUCGCCUGGCAGAAUCUACUUUGCGAGAGAGCAAAAUAAAUAUGGGCCUGGUGCCAAUGGAUUUAUUUGAACAUCCCUUGGAGGCAAACGAAAUAGACCGACUACAGGAAGCUAUUAUUGAUGCUGCCAUUGAGACUGGCUGCGAAAUUAAGCCAGAAUUCGAAGGAUGCUUUCCACGCAAAGGCUGGCUAAUGGUCAGCUGUACAAAUCGCAAUACAGCCGAAUGGCUUAAGGCCAAUGUGAAUAUUAUCAAAAACAAAAGCAAUUUGGAGUUGAUGGUAAUCGAGGAGACUGAUUUUCCCCAUUCCUAUUAUGUUCAAGGGACUUUUCCCAAUAGCCAAGGUUUAACCAAUUCCAAAAUUUUGGAUACCUUAGAAGCCCAGAAUCAAUUGAAAGCUUCCACUUGGAGGGUGCUACAAAGAAAGUGGUCAGAGGGUACAAAUGUGGAAUUGACCUUUUCCGUGGACUGUAGUUCGUGGGAAAAAUUAAAGGAAGCGAAGGGACGUAUUGCCUACAGAUUUGGCCAUAUUAAGUUGGAGCUUAAACAGGAAAGGGAAAGAAACCUGGAGGAUCUCCAUUUGCCGCCUCAAAACUGGUUGACAAUGCAAGACAAUAGACCAAGUACAAGUCGUGAAGCCCAAUACAGAUCUUUUCAUAGCCAAGAGACCUCACCAACCUCAAAUCUGAGGUUUGAUACACCUACGUUCCCCAACUACAUGCAAACCAACACACCACCACCUUCACUGUCCUUUAUGACUAAUCCCCAAAGACAAACAACUAGCGAAGAUGCAAUUACGUCAUCUCCGACGCCGCCCACAACAACUUCAACAACUUCCCCACAACAACUUCCUAGGCCACCAUAUUUUCGACGAGGCAAUAAUCCCCGCCAAGAAUACCCUCCUAAUUACGGCUAUUACCCCAGAUAG